AUGCCAACGGAAAAAUCAAUAUUCAAUCCGAAUCCGGCAAUUAGCCGUAAUGCCUACAUAUCCAGCUUUGACGAGUACACGAAAUUCUACAAGGAGUCCUUGGACAAUCCCGCUGAGUUUUGGUCUCGCGUAGCGAAACAAUUUCAUUGGGAGACGCCUGCGGAUCCCUCCAAAUUCAUGCAAUACAAUUUCAAUAUCUCCAAAGGACCCAUAUCCAUCAAAUGGAUGGAGGGCGCCUCGACCAAUAUUUGCUACAAUCUGCUCGAUCGAAAUGUUCGUAACGGGCUGGGCGAUCAAAUAGCCUACUAUUGGGAGGGCAAUCACCCGGAUGACUAUUCGCGCGGCCUCACCUACCGCAAGCUGCUGGAGGAGGUCUGCCGCUUCGCCAAUGUGCUGAAGGAUCAUGGCAUUCAGAAGGGUGAUCGCGUCUCCAUUUAUAUGCCCAUGAUCCUGGAGCUGCCCAUUGCGAUGUUGGCUUGUGCUCGCAUCGGCGCCGUGCACUCGAUCGUGUUUGCCGGAUUCUCGUCGGAUUCCUUGGCGGAACGCAUGUUCGAUUGCAAGGCCAAGCUGCUGAUCACGGCCGAUGGGGCUUGGCGUGGCGAGAAGCCGCUCUACCUGAAGGCUUUGUGCGAUACGGCGUUGGAGAAGGUGGAGGAGAUGGGCCACUCCGUGGAGAAGUGCAUUGUGGUGUCGCAUCUGAAGCGCGUGACGCCCUGCCAGGACAAUCAUGUGGACCAGGACAUACCCUGGACCGAUGAUCGCGACUACUGGUGGCACGAGGAGAUGGAGGAUAAGGAGCCCGCCUGCUAUCCAGAGUGGAUGGACGCCGAGGAUCCCUUGUUCAUGCUCUACACGAGCGGCUCCACGGGCAAGCCCAAGGGCGUGCUCCAUACCACGGCUGGCUAUCUGCUCUAUGCGGCCACCACGUUCAAGAUCGUCUUCGACUACAAGCCCGGCGACAUCUACUGGUGCACCGCCGACGUGGGCUGGAUCACUGGACACACCUACGUGGUCUACGGACCGCUGGCCAAUGGCGCCACCUCCGUUAUCUUCGAGGGCACGCCCUUCUUCCCGGGCAACGAUCGCUACUGGAGCGUCAUUGACAAGUACAAGGUCACCCAGUUCUAUACGGCGCCCACGGCCAUACGCGCGCUCAUGAAGUUCGGCGAGGGGCCAGUGCUCAAGCACAAUCUGAGUGGACUCAAGGUCUUGGGCAGCGUUGGUGAGCCCAUCAAUCCAGAGGCAUGGCUUUGGUACUAUCGCUACAUUGGCAAGGAGCAGUGCUCCAUUGUGGAUACAUUCUGGCAGACGGAAACUGGUGGACAUGUCAUAACGCCCCUACCUGGAGCCACGCCCAUGAAACCAGGCUCUGCGUCUUUUCCGUUCUUUGGCGUCAAGCCGACGCUGCUGGAUGAGUGCGGCAUCGAGAUCAAGGGCGAGGGCGAGGGUUACCUGGUAUUCUCGCAGCCCUGGCCGGGCAUGAUGCGCACGCUGUACAACAAUCACGAGCGUUUCGAGGACACCUACUUCUCCAAGUUCCCAGGCUACUAUUGCACUGGCGACGGCGCUCGCCGUGAUGCCGAUGGCUACUUGUGGAUUACUGGUCGCGUGGACGACAUGUUGAAUGUCUCUGGCCAUCUGAUGUCCACGGCCGAGGUGGAGUCUGUGCUCACGGAGCAUCCGCGUGUUGCCGAGUCGGCUGUGGUGUCUCGCCCGCAUCCGGUGAAGGGCGAAUGCCUCUACUGCUUCAUCACGCCCAAUGAAAACGAGACGUUCGACCAAAAACUGAUCGCUGACCUGAAGAAGAUGGUACGCGACCGGAUCGGACCGUUUGCCAUGCCAGAUGUUAUACAAAAUGCGCCAGGCUUGCCCAAGACACGCUCCGGCAAGAUAAUGCGCCGUGUGCUGCGCAAGAUCGCCGUCAACGAUCGCAACGUGGGCGACACGUCGACGCUGGCCGACGAGCAGAUUGUGGAGCAGCUGUUCGCCAAUCGGCCCGUGGAGGCCAAGUAGACGGACCCAUUGAUGCAGUUACUCUUCGCUUAUCGAAUGACCUUGCUGCCC